AUGCAAGAGCUACGCCACAGAGUUCAGAACCUAGAACGGCAGCUUGCCGACCGGGAGCGGGAUGGACGGUCUACCGACCCGAGCUACACCCCGUCUCCCGGGAGCGAGGAGGAAGACUCUCACCGAAGCCGCCCGCGGACGGAAGCGGAGAGCUCGCGGGAGGAGUCACCCAUAAUGAGGAGACGAAAUGACACGAUCAUCUACUCCCGCGGCAGACCGACCCAUCGAGCGACAAGAGGUCGCGAAGACGGAAGAACACGACAACCUGUGAUAAUGGGCGUCACCCCGUUCCACCGAUCUAUCCUCGAGGUCCGGCUGCCGAAACACUUCGACAAGCCAACGGACAUGAGGUACGACGGAACUCAAGACCCUCUAGAACACCUCACGGCCUUUGAGGCCAGGAUGAAUCUAGAAGGAGUAGGAGACGAAGUAAGAUGCCGUGCCUUCCCGGUAACCCUAGCAGGACCAGCGAUCAGAUGGUUUAACGGCCUCCCUCAAGGUUUCAUCUACAACUUCUCGGACAUCAGCCGUGCAUUCCUGGCCCAAUUUACAACGCGAAUAGCAAAGGCCAAGCAUCCUAUCAACCUUCUAGGGGUAACCCAGAGACAAGGAGAGCCGACCAGGAGAUACCUAGAUCGGUUCAACGAUGAAUGCUUGGAAAUCGACGGCUUAACCGACUCGGUGGCCAGUCUCUGCCUGACAAACGGCCUCCUCAACGAGAACUUCCGAAAACACCUCACCACGAAGCCGGUUUGGACAAUGCACGAAAUCCAGACGGUGGCCAAGGAGUACAUAAACGACGAGGAAGUCAGCCGAGUCGUGGCUGCCAAUAAGCGGCAGUCCGGUUACGGCCAGGCUCGGCAGUCCGGUGGCGACGGUGAGAGAGCAAAAGAAAAGGUCAGGGAGGAGGCAUCAAACAAAGCACCUAGGUCGUUCCCUCGAGUCGGAAAAUUUACUAACUACACUCCACUCACCCUCCCCAUCGUGGAAGUUUAUCAACAAAUAGCUGAGAAAGGAAUUCUUCCAAAGCCUCGACCACUUAAGGACCGUACGGGAGGAAACAAGAACCUUUAUUGUGAUUACCAUAAGGGAUACGGCCAUCAAACACAAGACUGUUUCGACCUGAAGGAUGCACUAGAACAGGCGAUAAGGGAAGGAAAGCUAGCGGCGUUCUCCCAUCUCAUCAGGGAGCCGAGAAGGCGUUAUCGCGACCAAGACGAGGAAGGCAAGACACGUUCGGCCAAGCGGCGACAGGAACCCGAAGACAGAGACCAUGGCCUCACUGUGAUAAACGUGGUAACGGCAAAAAACGCUGCGCCAAAAUCCCGGUCGGCACACAAGAAAGACGCCAAGGUUCUGGCGAUCUCAUCCCCGCCAGUGCAAAGCUCCAAAAAACCUCCAUCCAUUUCUUUCGGCCCGGAAGACUAA